AUGAUCAGACAACCGGGAACCAAUAUCAAGUCAGCUACGACAGUGAUCGCCUGCUACAAGAACAAGGUGAACGAGUUCCGCUCUGGUGUCGAGAAGGACCUUUCCGAGGUUAUUCAGAUCGAGCAGAUCUUCACGAAUGUCCCCAAGGGCCAGGUCGCGAAGAAGGACGACUGGACCAAGGCGUUCGGUUCCGACAACAUGGACAAGGUGCUCGAGGAGGGUGAGCUGCAGGUGAACAACCUGGAGCGAGGACACCAGCUUGCCUCCCUCUCUCGCGAGAUCGCCACCCUCGUCGCCGAGAUGACCGUCGACCCGGCGACGAAGCGGAAACACACGGUCGGCAUGGUCGAGAAGGCGAUGACGGAGAUUGGCUACAGCACGCGCGCGGACAAGACGGCCAAGGCGCAGGCGCUCGACCUCAUCCGCCAGCUGAGCCAGCCCGACUCUGUCCUCCCCGUUGAGCGGGUGCGCAUGCGUGUUCGUAUCACGAUGCCGGCCAAGGACGCGAAGCGCAUCAAGGAGAAGCUCAUGGAGCUCGUCGAGGAGACGGAGGAGGAGGAGAUGGAUGCCGAGUGGGAGACCGUGAGUUUUGCAGGCGCCUGA